UGGUCAGUCGAUUGGGAACUAAAUAUAAGAAGCCACCAUCAACCAAGGGAGCUCCCACAAUUGAAGGCAAAGAAGAACCAAUGGCUGCUUUGCUCUCGUGUCAAGUCAGGGUUCUCCCCCUCCUCCUCCUCCUCCUCCUCUGUUAUCUCGGGCCUUCUGCGGCGGUGCUGUUCUCCUCCCUCCCUAAGACUAUCAUAGUCACUGCAUCCCCAAGUCCAGGCCAAGUGUUGUAUGCUGGCGUCGACCAGAUGAACGUGACCUGGGCGAUCAACCAGAGCCUGCCGGGGGCCACCGUCUCAGCCUACAAGAAGGUGAAGGUGAGCUUCUGCUACGCUCCGGCGAGCCAAGCCGACCGCGGGUGGCGCAAGACGGACGACAACCUAAAGAAGGACAAGACGUGCCAGUUCAAGAUCACCACCCAGCCCUACGCCACCGCCGGCUCCGUGGCGUACACCGUGGAGCGCAGCAUCCCCACGGCCACCUUCUUCGUGAGAGCCUACGUGCUGGACUCCGAGGACGCGGAGGUCGCCUACGGGCAGAGCACCAACGCCCAAAAGACCACCAACCUGUUCGACGUUGUCGGGAUCACGGGCCGGCAUUCGUCGCUGGGCAUCGCCGCAGCGUGCUUCUCGGCCUUCUCUGUCGUCGCGCUCGCUUUCUUCUUCGUCGUCGAGAAGAGAAAGGCUAAGAAGUAAGGAAGCCGUAUAUGCCUCAAUAACGAAUUCAUAUUUGAAUCCAAUAAGUUUAUGGAUCCAAAAGAAACAUGUCCAACAUUUCUUCUAUAUUAGAGACAAGAGAUGUGAUGCUUCGGAUCAAA